AUGUCUGCCGCUGUACGAGCAGCUACUGCUUCAAACGCACGUAUUCUGUCUUCUUUAAAAUCACCUCCAAACGUUGUUGUUGUUGGUGGUACAGCAGGUAUUGGUCGAGCAAUAGCUCUUUCAAUAGCUCAACAUUGUCCAUCUGCUAAUAUUAUCAUUGUUGGACGAAAUGAAUCUGCUGCCAAUGCUAUUCUACCACAAUUAGGUUCAAAUCCCAAAUUCAUUCGUGCUGAUGUCUCACUAAUGUCUGAAAUUCGAACUACAACAAAGAAGAUUAAUGAUGUUGAUAUGUUAAUUUAA